AUGGCAAUUCUUCCCAGCAACACCUCCACCUUCAACUCCUUCAUCCUGGCAGGCUUCUUGGGACAGGAGGAUUCCUUGCACUGGAUCUUUAUCCUGCUGGGGAUGCUCUAUUGUAUCGCCAUCCUGGGAAACUCCCUGAUCCUGGUCAUCCUCAAGGAGGAACAGAGCCUGCACCAACCCAUGUACUACUUCCUGGCCAUGCUGUCCAUCAACGACCUGGGCGUGUCCUGCUCUACUCUGCCCACAGUCCUGGGCACCUUCUGCUUCAAUGUCAGGGCGAUUAGCUUCGACGCCUGCAUGGCCCAGCUGUUCUUCAUCCACCUAUUCUCCUUCAUGGAGUCUGGCAUCCUGCUGGCCAUGAGCUUUGACCGCUACGUGGCCAUCUGUAACCCUCUCAGAUACUCACUGAUAUUAACCAAUGCCAGGAUCACUAAGAUGGGCCUGGCCAUUUUCUCCCGCACCUUUGGGGCCGUCUUCCCCCUGCCUUUUCUUCUGAAGCGACUGCCAUUCUGCAAAGGUAACGUCCUCUCCCAUGCCUACUGUCUCCAUCCCGACCUCAUCCGCCUGCCCUGUGGGGACAUCACCAUCAACAACGUCUUUGGCCUGUUCAUCGUGCUCUCCACAUUCGGACUGGACUCCGUGCUCAUCUUCCUCUCCUACAUCCUGAUCCUCAGGUCCGUCCUGACCAUCGCGUCCCAGGCAGGACGGUCCAAGGCCCUCAACACCUGUGUCUCCCACAUCUGUGCAGUGCUUAUCUUCUACAUUCCCAUGGUGGGUGUGUCCAUGAUUCACAGGUAUGGGAAAUGGGCCCCUCCAUUCAUCCACACAUUGAUGUCCAUUGUUUACCUCUUCGUGCCACCCAUGCUCAACCCCAUCAUCUACAGCAUCAAGACUAAGGAGAUCCACAAAAGGAUGGUCAAGAUGCUCUCCAGAGCCAAUCUCUGA